GCCCGUUUCACUUUCAAAACGCACGUCACACUACGCGCAUUACUGCAGCGCACGGCCUGCCACCGACACAACGCUCUCAGCAGGAAUCGCUCGGUCACUCAGUUUAGUGCACACUCGACUUGGGCAAGCGCACGCACGUGUGGUACCCAGGCAACGCAUCUCCUGCUACCCGAUCAUCGGCUCUCGCUCGCAUCGGACUUAUAUCGGCCAGUUUCUUAAAUUUAAUCAGUGUUCAAUAAUUAAUUCGGACGAUUUUUUUACAAAGACAAUUUGAUUAUCUCGCGAUAAGUGCUUUAUAAUCGUGGACUGAAUUUUCGGUAAAGUGAAAGUGGACCUAAGUGAAAGUCGGGCCGCGGCCAGACUCUAAACAUGGAUUCGCCGCAAAUGUACGACAAUCAACAGCACGGACAAAACAACGGGGUGAUCAACGUGGCCGAGGCGAAAAAAACGACUGUUAUCAUGAACAAUAAUAAUAACAACAAUAAUAACUUAACCACGCUCAACAACAACAACGGCAACUCUAAGCAAACGGCCGCGUUGUUGAAACAACACCAAUUAUCCCAAUACCAACAACACGGAGACAUGAACGAUCUAAACACCCCGGAAAUAUCUUUGGAUCUCCAAAACCUAAUCGACGACUCCCAGUUCGGGGACGGACUCUUUGACAUCCUCCAAAACCAACAGGGGAAACACCUUCAAAACCUCCACUCCAGACAAGUGAUGGGGGUUCAAAAUAACACCUACCCCCGAACGACGUUGGCUUACAUGCCCCAACCCGUCCAUAGCGGAGCUACUUAUGCAGGAAACCAAAACUCGAAUAGCGAUUCCAACAGCUCUGUCGGUAGUGACGUUCCCAGUAUCAAAGAAGAACCGAUGGACUCCCAGGAAGACUAUCGUAGACAGGCCGCCUGUAAUCUUCUACCUAACAACUACAUGCCCGGGACUUACCCUCCAAAUCCUGGUGCUACCUUCACCACCCUCACGCCCAGUCCAGUGAUCCAUCACCAGAUCAACAUGAACGCGAUGAAGUCGAAAGCUUCGUUGUUAAAUCAGCAUGUUGCUAGAAAGUCGGUGAAACCCUGUGAUAAGAACAGUGACGAAUACAGGAGGAGGAGGGAGAGGAAUAACAUUGCCGUGAGGAAGAGCAGGGAGAAAGCUAAAGUACGAACAAGGGAGACAGAAGAAAAAGUUAAGAUUUUGAUCAAGGAGAACGAGAGACUUCAGAAAAGGAUAGAACUUCUCACGGAGGAAUUGAACGUAUUGAGGGGAUUGUUCUCGAACGUUGGGAUGCUUCCCGAACACAUCCACAGGGAGAUUAACAAACACCUGGAUACCUUCCAGUUGCAGCAGCAGCAACAACAACACAUGUCCGAUGACAACCGGCAGCGGAUGAUGGAUAUAGUGCACGAUUACGGACCAUAGCAGUGUCGUCACUUCAGUUAGGGAUAGUGAAACAGACGCAACAGUCACGAGCUUUAAUUUUUUUGUAAAAUAUUAGGGUUGCUAUUUGCUCGAAGGGUAAGGGGAUGAGCGUAUCGAUGAAGAAAAACAAUCUAGUCCAUAUUGUGGUUGUAUUGUAUACGUAUUGUUGCCAGGUCUCUCAGUGUCCCUGUUUGAAUGGUUUAUCUCAAUUACACUCAGACGUUAGAAGUUUCAGUAUUUCAGCAAAGCAAUCAUACAUAAAAUAAUUUAAUAAACUCAAGAGAUUUGUUUUUUACGACAUCAUAUAUAUUUUGUGGAAAUAUUUUGAAUCAAACCAGAAUCGAUUUUUUAAUAUUUUUGUAAUGUUGUAAAUACUAUUAUUAUGUAGGGAAUAUUUAUCAUAAUAACAAAUUGGUAAAAUGAAAAUUUUCCAUGUUUAAAGUCACUAAUUUUCAUUAAAAACGUCUAAAUUAUAAUAAAUUGUUUAAAAUUUACUUCCAUUUUUUAUGAAAUAUUACCUAUAUAUUCAUAAUCCUUUUGUUUACAAAAAUAUAGAGGAUGAGUUUUAAAUAAGUGCAAAUAUUUUAGGGGUAGUAUAUUUCGACCCCAGAAACACGCCUAUGAGGAUUAUUUCGAAGGAGAAAAAAAAUGAAAAUUUGGAAUUUUUGAAGACAUUUUUGGAUUUUUUUUUAAUUUUUAGUUAAAAAAUAUAAUAUCUUGAUAAUAUGGCAACAUAGGUAAUAAAAUAAAUUUAUAAGAAAGAAAAUCCGGAAAAAAUACAGUGGUUCUAAAAAUUUACGUAAAAAUCAUUUUUUUCUAAAUUUUUAAGUCAAAUAACUCGGAUAUUUUUUACUUAUUUGAAAAACGGCAAAGAGAAAAUAUGUUUCCAUUAUCGAGAUCUACCACCCCUGAAAAUAUUUGCACUUAUUUAAGAUUCACCCUGUAUAAUAAAAAUUCGAUUCUGCGGUAAUAUUCAAAAGAGACCUGUGAUAUAUUUUUAUAAAGAGAAUUUAGGUGAAUUUAAAAAUUUCCAAAAAUAUACAGGGUGUCGGUUAAAAAUGAAAGGUAAAGUCACCUCUGGUUAAACUAGAGGUGGAACCAGACUGGUAUUAACCACUAUAAUUUAAGAUUUUUAUGUAUAUUUGCUGCUUUGCAAAAUUCAAUCUUUGUAAGUGAUUGCAAAUAAAUAGAUAUGUAUUCCAUUGGACCAGGGAUAUUGGGACAACCUGUGUAGUAGUACCCUGGCUGGCCGCUACGAGCAAAUAAAAUCUCCGUUACGACAAUAAUAGAACACUUGUUGAACAAGAUCGAGUUGAUCUUGGUUAAUAGUUUAGUGCUGGAUCUCCAAAAAACCAAGAUGUGUUUUUUUAAUGUUUUUGUUUAAAUUAAUUUAUUGUGUCAAGAGACUGAUUUCUCGCAACAACCACCACUUUUCUACUUAUUAUUUUUUUUUGUUUAAUUUUUGUUUGUACUAAAGACAUCGAAUAAAAUAUAUACUGGGUGGUUAUCUUCCUAAUGGACGAUCACAGAAAAUCUAUGUAAUUUUAAUAUACAGCAUUUUUAGGCUCUCUGUUGAAAAAACAAACAUAAAAUCUUUUUGUGGGUAUUAUUCUAUUUUUUAAUUAUUAAUGAUAUUCGGUUCUAUUUUAGAUAUAUUUUUGAAAUAUUUAAAUAAACAAAUCCAUAAAUAUUUUUUAAUUAUUUAAAAAAAUUGAGUUCUAUACAAAAUACACUCUCUGAAUUACAAUCAGCAACAAGCAUUUUUUUCUGUUUUUAUGUCAUCUAUCUCUCCUAUACUAUUAUUUGCCACAAAACAAUUAUUCAUCUAAUAACUUCAUUUUGAAUAUUUUCAAAUGAGUUUUAUGCUUCAGCUUACAUGCUCUAACCAAAAUAACUAAGACUAUCUUUAUCUUUUCCGUGGUAUUCUGGUAAACCAUGUUGGCAUCACCGAAUUAUACAGGGUGAGUGUUAAACAAGUGCAAAUAAUUUUAGGCGUAUAUUUCGCCCCAGAAACACAAUUAUGAGUUUUUUCGCCGUUUUUAUUAGUUUAAAAACAUAAUUACUUUAUGAUAUGGCAACAUAGGUCGUAGAUUAAAUUUACAAGAACGAAAACCUAGAAAAGGUCCAAUAGUUCUCAAAAUUUCAGCAAAAAAAUCAUUUAUUUUAGGAAAUUUUCAAAGCAAAAUAUCGAUUAUUUUGGACUUAUUUGAAAAAGGGUAAAGAGAACAUAUGUUUCUUUUAUCGAGAUCUACCAGCCAUGAAAAUAUUUGCACUUAUUUAGGACUCACCCUGAUAAUCCUGUUGAGUUGCAUUAUCAUGGGUUUCAAAUUUUAGUUUUCUGUUUCCGCAUAAUAAAUACAAUAAUUAUUGAAAUCUAUAAUCCAUCAUGUGGGAUUAUUUGUAAUGCGAUUUUCUUUGAUUACUUUAGGAAUGAGCCACCCUGUAUUGUAGAUAUGAUUAAAAAUAGAGUGGCUGAUGUCCAAGGAAAUCAUUUCUCCAUCUUGCUGACGGGUAUUAAAAUUACAUUAGAUUCCGUUCAAAGUAAUGUGAUUUGUAAAUUGUAUUUCAAAAAUACGCAAAACUAGAUUAAUAUAUGUAUAUUUUUAUAUUUUAUAUCUUCCAGAUGCAAUUCGAGGUACCUUUUUGUUCGUUAAUGUUUAGUAAGUUAAAUAAUUUUAAUUCGUAUUUUUUAAGACAGAUUUUAUUCGCGCGACAUCUUCUAAUUUUUUUUUGUAAAUUAAGUUUCAUUUUUCUUUUUUUGUUUAUCUAGAGUGUAAGUGUAGAUACGUGUAUAAAAGCGAGAGUGAGAGAGAAAGAGUUCUUGUAAAGAAAUGUUAAUAUAUUUCCAAAGAGAUAGAUUUUUUAUUUAGUUGUUCUUUUUUCUACUUAAAAACCUUUGUCCUUGUUUUAUUUAAUAAAAGCCUGAAAAUACGA